CGCCGUGUAACCCCACCCACACCGAUCGAGCCGUCUGCCUCUGUUGGCUUCCUGCGCCCUUCACGACGCACCAAGAUCAAGAAAGCCAUGGGCGUCUUCUCCGUGACCAAGCUGUCCGAGGGCCCCGUGCGGCCGUCCGCCGCCACGCCGUCGGAGACGCUGCCCCUGGCCUGGGUCGACAGGUACCCGACGCACCGCGGCCUCGUCGAGUCUGCGCACGUGUACCGCGCCGUCCCGCGCCCGCGGCUGGCCCCGGCCGCGAACGGGGAGGCCGAGGCCGACGCGAAGGAGGCGGCGAAGAAGCAGAAGUCCCCGGGCGCGGUCGUGCGCGGCGCACUCGCGGACGCACUGGUGCACUACUACCCGUUCGCGGGGCGGAUCGUGGAGGACGUGCCGGGCCGUCCCGCCGUCCUGUGCUCGGCCGAGGGCGUCUACUUCGUGGAGGCCGCCGCGAACUGCACCCUAGCCGACGUGAACUUCCUGGAGAGGCCGCUGCUGCUCGGCAAGGAGCAGCUCGUGCCGUGCCCAUCGCCGGAGCUCUGGCCCGUCGAGCCGCACAACAGCCUCGCCAUGAUACAGGUCACUACGUUCACCUGCGGCGGCUUCGUGGUCGGCCUGCGCACCAACCACGCGGUGGCGGACGGCACGGGCGCAGCCCAGUUCCUGAACGCCGUCGGGGACCUAGCCCGCGGGCUGCCGGAGCCCCUCGUCAAGCCCGUCUGGGGCCGGGACAUCUUCCCUGACCCGGACAUCAAGCCCGGCCCGCUCCCAGAGCUGCCCGUUCUGGCUCUCGAGUACAUCGCGUUCGACUUCCCGACCGGCUACCUUGACAAGCUCAAGUCGCAGUACGCGGCGUUCACCGGCGGCAAGCUCUGUUCCGGCUUCGACAUCGUCAUCGCCAAGCUCUGGCAGUGCCGGACACGGGCCAUCGAGCCCGCCCCCGGAGCGGACGUCAAGCUCUGCUUCUUCGCCAGCGUCCGCCACGUGCUGAAGCUGGAGCCGGGCUACUACGGCAACGCCAUCUUCCCCGUGAAGGUGUCGGCGCCGGCGGAGAAGGUUGCGGGCUCGUCGGUGAUCGAGAUCGUCGGCAUGGUGCGGGAGGCGAAGCGGCGGAUGGCCGAGGACUGCCUGAGCUGGGCCGAGGGCCGCAACGGCGGCCACGACCCGUUCCAGAUGACGUUCAACUACGAGUCGGUGUACGUGUCGGACUGGAGCAAGCUCGGGUUCUCCGACGUGGACUACGGGUACGGCAUGCCGAUGGCGGCCGGCCCGCUGGUGAACUGCGACCUCAUCGCGUCGGUCAUCGUCAUGAAGGCGCCGGCGCCGCUCGCGGGGACGCGGCUGCUGGCGAGCUGCGUCACCAAGGAGCACGCCGACGACUUCGCCCGCAGGAUGAGGAUGGACCUCGUCUGAGCGUGCACGCAUGCUCCCAAGAAUUGAACGAAGUCGACCGUACGUACGUAUCAGAGAUAUGCGCGCUAUGAAUAUGCAUGGUAAUUAUAUAUUGUAUAUAUUUCCUGUGAAUGAGAUGGCGCUACAUGUACGAACAAAUUUUCAUGUUGCUGAACGCUGAGGGACGAAACAGCUUGCAUCAGUCAGUGCUGAAAACAGAAGCUAGUUUCGUGCAAGUUUUGUUCGUACACUUAGCAACACGCUAUUUAUUGGUUACUGCAAAGUCAACUAUACAUGUUGUAUGUAUUUGAGUCGA